CGGAAAUAAAUGACAAAUUCCCAUAACUGGUGCCAAGUCCCACCUGUUGCUCUUUUGUAAAGGGCUCCUUCAGAAUCAACACUACUUGAUGGAAAAUGAAUUCGGAGACGACAGAGUCACUGGUGGGUGAAGCUAAAGUCGACUCAUAUGGUUCAGGGGCACUUCUGGCCUUCCGGGACGAGCGUUGUCCGGCGCAGCGCACCACAUCUCAUCAUUGCAACGACGCACUGGAAGCAAGAUCUUGGACGUGACACGGCAGCGGCUAUCGCUGCUUGCUUCCCCUCGGUUGCAUGCCGAUAGUCUAGGGCACCCUCUGCGAUUUUUGUUUAGGUCACAUUCUUUGACCGCUGGAGCCACACGCAGCCCUGUUUACUGGUGUCCCUCAGCUCACACUCACCUAUCCUAUCGUUUCUGUUUGGACCCAAAUUCUCGGGAGACGGCUGAGAGUCAGGGGUCAUGCCACGGCACCGCCCCGCACCGCCACUUGGCCCACGUGCAGCUAGACGGUGGGAACAAUUGAGAGCCUCUGGCUCGCAUCAGCUGGACCUGGCAUAGAAGGUCAUGGAAAAAGCAGACGAGACAAUCCAGAAGAUUUCGCCGCAAAUUCACCUCGAACGAACACGGGCAUGUCGUCACACGGCCAUUCUCCGCCUCACGUAUCCUUACCACUGCAGGGCAGACAGCUGUGCACACCGACCAUAUCCAUGUUGACGCCCGGUGGGGCUUUGUGGGCAAUUGAGAGGGAUUUCUCAGUACGCUGGCUCGGUGUUUGCUAUUUGCCGUUGCUGUUUGCUGUUUGCUUUUAUUUUCUUAUUUUUAUUUUUCUAUUUUAUUCGUUCCUUUCUCUCUCAGCGGUGGAGGGCGUCGCGCAUUUGAUGGAUGGGGAGGCGUUCUUGCUCGCUGAUUCGGCAACCCCGCGCCUCGGUAUCCAUUGUGAUUGCUGGAUUCGCCAUUCCAAGCAAACAAACACAGCGCCUCACACCUCACACGCACCUGUCCCAGUCCAGUGAUCAGCUCAACUGCCCGUCCGUUGCUGUCAUAUCGCCAGAUCCCAGGCCAAAAAUCGCAGAUGGCCCUCGGGUAGGCUUACUGGUUGGACUACAAAACACUUGUCGAGAUCAUUGCUCAGUGGGCGCUCUCCGCCAUCAUCGUGCAACUUGGCCGUCCAAUUGUCUCUGCUCUCAAUCCAUGCAUCCACCCUUGCACGCACGUCGCACGGGCUCCAGCUUCCCAUUCCUCGACCCCUCCUCCAUCAUCAGCCCAGCCCAACCAGCAGCCCUGGUGCAUGCCGGGUGAACUUGCCGUUGCCCCGUCAAUCCACAUCAUUGGAUGGCCUGCCAGAGCCGCAGGUUAGCAGCAGACGGCCUCCGAAGCCUUGUGGAAAAAAAGCCGGUCCAAAAGCCACACGCCGACGGCGGCUUGAUUCUGUUCCUUUUCCUAGAGGCGGACCACCGUUUCUCGGACCGUCGGCGUGCCUGUUCCGCCUGCAUCUCUUGCUGCUGUGUCGCGCCUAGGCGUAGCGGAUGUAAAUAGUUCCCUCGACCGCCGCCCCGACUUGUCCAGACUUGGGCGGAGAGCGCGGUCGCGUACAGUCUCCCCCCCGAUCCGAAUCCCGCAGUUCUGAAGCUGUCGCGUCGCCGACCGAGUCGUCAAUCGUGUUACUAGAUAGACCGGCAAUGGAUGACGAGUCCCAAGCCACGCAGGAUGUUGUCGAUCCCAGGCGUUUAGGACAGCAGAACUCGGGGUUCUCAGACGACGAGAUCGCCGAUAUCAUCUGCAUCCUCUAUCCCACCUCCGAAAACGCCCGCCGCGCCGUCGCAGCCCUCGAGCGUGACAACUCCGCACAUCUCAUCUCGCAGCCAACAGACGGCGGUGCCAAUGUCAAAUAUUUCCUGAAUGACGACCCAACCCGCUUUAGCCUUGCCACGCCCGUGUCCGCCCAGCAUGCCAUCGUGCUGAAGCUCUCGGUCGACACCAAGGACCCCAUGCAAGGCUUCACAUUCGGCCGACACGCGGCACGAUGCGACAUAUGCUUCGCGACCGACCCUCUGAAGCGCCUGAGCAACAUACAUUUCCGAAUAUAUAUCAACGAGUAUGGCGUGCUCAUGCUCGAGGAUACGUCUACGAAUGGGACCGUCGUCGACGAGUGCCUGCUCAGGAAGGCAAAGGCCAAGACCGAUCGACACGAGACAAAGCGCACCCUGAGCAACGGCUCUGAGAUCAAGAUCCUGCUCCAUGAUCACUCCAAUGACAUUGCGUUCCUCGUUCAGGUCCCCAAACGGGAGGGGAGGCACGAAGAGGCGUUUCGCCAGAACCUGUACCAAUACCGGCAGCGUAUUCAGGCUCUUGACGAUGACCGCACCCAGACUAUCGUGCCAGGGAAUAACGGACCUCCGAACCUGUUUCCUCGGAAUUUCGAGGCACCGAACCAGCCCCAACAGCGCAUUUCCCCAUCGAACAACGAGACAACGCAGAUCGCGGUUGCCGAAGAGCGGCUUUCGCGGGAGUGGAACGGGUCCGACCAGUACAAUCGUAUCGGCCAGAUUGGCAAAGGCGCCUUUGCUACAGUUUACAAGGUCACCUCCAAGUACGAUGGCAAGCCUUACGCUGCCAAGGAGCUGGACAAGCGCCGGUUUAUCAAGAAUGGUGUGCUGGACCAGAAGGUGGAGAAUGAGAUGAAGAUCAUGAGGCGUGUCACACAUCCCAACAUUGUCCGCUAUGUCGACCACUUUGAAUGGGAUAACAGACUCCUGAUAAUCGUCAUGGAGUAUAUACCACUGGGGGAUCUUAGCGGAUAUGUGCAGAAGUACGGACCCCUGCCCGAGACUCUGGGAAUCGAGGUGACGAAGCAACUGGCUGGCGCUCUGGGUUAUCUUCACCAGAACAACAUCACACAUCGCGACGUGAAGCCAGACAACAUUCUCAUCCAGGCCAGAGACCCGCUCAACGUCAAGCUGACCGACUUCGGUCUGUCCAAGAUGAUUGACAACGAGCAGACCUUCCUGAGGACUUUCUGUGGCACCUUACUAUACUGCGCCCCAGAGGUUUACUCAGAGUUCGCCGACUACGAUGAGUUUGGCCAGCGCCGGCCUCGACGACACCCGCGGCCUAAUCCUAAAGCCCAGCGGUACGAUCACGCCGUAGACCUCUGGUCUCUAGGAGGAGUGUUGCACUACGCCUUGACCGGAAAGCCCCCAUUCCCCGUCCAGAGCGGAACAAGCUAUGCCGAGCUUUUACACACCAUCAUGACCGAGGACCUCAACCUGGACCCUCUUAUGGCGGUAGGCUUGUCAGAGGCAGGUAUCGACUGUCUGGGAUGGAUGCUCCACCGAUGGCCCGAAGAGAGAGCAACCGUUGAAGAGGUUCUCGACCACAUCUGGCUCCACGCUGAAGACGAAUCGCCGGCAGCGCAAGAUCAGUCCUCCGAGGAACUCGGCAAGAGGGCAUCUCAACUUAGCCUCGAGGACCCCAACGAAGGGUGGAUACCGCCCAGUCAAGACGACAUGAUCGACGAAGAGGACGAGUAUAUGGCGCUCGCCGGCGAGUCUGACGGAACCUGGUCGCAGAGGGAAACCGAGAACAACACGUUCGGCCGCCACAUGCAGCCCCCGCGGCUCUUUGGCGAAGUCAACGUGUCCGCCAUUGGCUCCUCCGGGGUUAUUGCCGAGGAUCGUCUCAAUCUUCCUGUCCAGGCGUCACCAGGGGAAUCAGGAGAGUUGGAAGAUAGCUUUUCCUCCAAUGAUUCGGCAGGUCCUCGUCAAGUGGCACUCGGAAGCCAGGCGCUUUUGGGCAUGAACGAAGCGGCUCACCGGGCCAACCUUGGCAAGACGGCGCCCCUCAAUCUGUCAAUAUCCCAAGCCCCUGGUGCCCUGAGGACCCCACUCGACAAUCUCAGGGGCAAAUCGCUACUGCGGUCGAACACAGACUUCACCUCGAGCAAACGAAAGCCGCCAUCACUAGACACCAGUGACGAGCUUGAUGGCAGGUCGGCGCUUGGGAAGGCUUCGUUCAAGAGGCUCAGGUCCGAGAGCCACAUAUUCGACACCCUGGACAGCGAUGACUGCCUCGAGGACUAUGCGCUCGUUGCCUCGGUACCUCCCAUAUCGCGCAUGGAGUCGGGCAGGCAGAUGGACAACCCUGUGUCUAAAACAACCUUCUGGGCGGCCAACGACCGCAAGACGUGGCAUCUGCAUUACCCCGAGAUGACGCAGUUGCAACACGACGCGUUCCUUGCGGCAGCGGCGGCGCGCGACGAGGAAUUCGGCCCUGGGCGUUCACCGCUCUGGGACCUGGCUAUGGCUCAUUUCCCUCCUGCAUCCGGCGCAACGGACAAGUUAAACGAGAGCGCCUCCAAUAUCUACAUGAAACAGCCGACCGGACGUGUAACGAGCGAAGGUGACAGCAGCCUACCGUCUGAGGUCAGCUCGCAGCCUCGUGGAACCGCCGGGGUUGUUGUGCCAGUAUCGACUCCUCUCCCGGACCGGAGGCUGGCUGCCAGCCUGCAGUCAGCUCCAAACUCGGUUGUCGAAAAUAUCACUGUGCUGGUGAGGGAGGCCUUCACGUCUUUUGGUCGGGCCGAUACCAACACGCAGGUCUACACGCCGAGGACCGAGGUCAAGGUGCCCAAGUUCGCCUUCAAGCUGCUCCUCUGGAAGUCGGGGUACGACCCCUGCCGCCAGUUCCGGCCGUGGGACAGUCGGGACGCUGAAUCGUACCACUUCUAUAUCUCUACCAAAGCAACCAACGGCAUCAGGGUCAAUGGGCAGUCGAUACCGUCGCACGAACCCAAAAUUCCCAUGGGCCCGUCUAGGAAUUGGGUACGGCUCCAGGAUGGUGAUAUCGUUGUCAUCUGGGGCGACGAGAACCAGCAAGCCAAAUUGCUGUUCCAGUGCGCAUGGGGUGGAUCGAUGCGACCUCGCUCGGCAUCGGCUGCUUCGGCGGCCUGCUUAGUCUCGGAGGGAGACGCCGCACGUCUCGAUGAGGCCUGUUCGAGGGCGGAGCGGAGGCUUCCUCGGAUGCUAGAAGACGAGCGACUCCACUUGGCCGCGGCCCGCGACUCGGCGCGGCGUGUGCGCAACGUCGAGGUCGAGCGUCACCGCUCGCGUGUCUUUGAGGCGCUGCGGACCGAGGCUGUGCGGGCUAUGGCCCCGUUGAGGAGGGAGGGGGCUGCCAGCGCGCCGCCGGCCUCGCAAAUCCCACCCACACAGGUGCCGGCGACUCAAGAUGCCGAUGGUCCGGCGGGCCCGCCGUCGCCGCACUCCUCCAAUAGCUCGGUGUUUGCGACGCCGAUUCAUCCUGCCGUGAAGGCUGGUUGGGCGCAGCAUUAAGAGGAUGCUGUCAUCCACGACUAGGCCUAGUCAGGUACACUGCGGGUCUGCCUGCUACCUAUUUUUUUUUUUUUUUUUGAUACAUCAUCUAUUUGACCAUUUGAACUCUUGGAUUUCUAGACAUGUUGCCGAAAACGACCUGGAGUUAAUUAAAUGGGAUAUUAUGUGGGUUAAAAGCGGCCUGGAGUUUCAGCGUUUUUACUGCGAGGUUCUUGCAAGGCAGUAUCUGGCUUUUGUUCCACUGAUAUCCCUCCUUCACUACGUGUCUCUCCCUCUCUCUCUCUCUCUUAAUCUUGUAUCCUCUCCUCCCUUUCUUUUAUGUCCGACUAGAUUGGGGUUUGUGUUAGCCUUUUGUGAUUUGAUCGUUCCACUACCUGAUGUCGCUCGUGGCGUACUUGAGGGGAGACAAGGAUGGAAAUGCACAGGGUAGGGCAACCUGUAUCCUGUUUGUCACAAGGGGGCGGUUAAGCGACAGGACAAGAAGACAUAAUCAGCGCGCUUCUAGGUGGUGCGGAUUCCUCAUGGCGUUUAGGAGUAGUAAAGAUCUUGGAGAGCAGGUAGAUAGACAUACAGAAGCGAAUUUGCUAUCACAUUGUGCGUUCACACCCUGAGUUGGGGAACAGGAUUUGUUUUGUGGCCACCAAUUAUAGCCUCAUAUGUUUUAUCUGGCUGCCAGAACGUCUUGGUGUCAGUGGACAGCCC